ACCUUUAUAAUACUUAUCUUAGCAAUCUACUUUAUAAGACCAAUUCCUGUGACCUUUCUCGCUCUUGUCAAAUUUUAAAAAUGGAAGAGAUCCAAGCUGUCUUAUUUAGUAUACAAGAUAACCUACUUGCCAGACAUUUUGGAAUUGAAGCUACUUAUCAAUGA